AUGUCGCAUGCCAAUCUGAUGAACAACUACUUCAACCCCAACUCGGUGUACACAGAAGAGGAUUUCAGACGUCGCUUCCGGAUGAGGCGUCAUAAGCAGGACAGAGCGGGCCACCCUGGUUUCUCACCUCAUCAGAAUGUUACUGUUGCACUUCGAAUGAUGGUCUAUGGCUCCCCAACUGAUUCGAUGGAUGAAACCCAUGGUAUGUUUGAGUCUUCAUGCCUUGAUACUCUUCAACAAUUCUAUGACAUAAUUGUUCAGGUUCACAAAGAUGAGUACCUCCGCGAGCCAAAUCAAGAAGAUCUGAAUUGGUUUAUUUGCAAAGCUGAAGACCGUGGGUUUCAGGGCAUAACAGGGUCAUUAGACUGCAUGCAUUGGGAUUGGAAGAACUGUCCCACCGAAUGGCAAGGAAGCUUUAGUGGAAGGUCGAGAAAGCCAAUUGUUGUGUUAAAGGCGGUUGCCUCAUAUGACACAUGGAUUUGA